AUGAAAAUUACUCGUCUCCGUUCUGCCUGGGGCGUUUCGCCCGGCGAUAACUUGGACAAUUGGGCGAAGUGGUUUCCCCAGCUCAAAAGCCAAGGUUACAUUGGAGUUGAGGUCGAUAUCCAUGGAAUUGUACCAGAACGUGAUUUUGGCCGUCUUAGGCAAAUAUGCGACCAAUCGGGCCUUGAAAUUGGAGCGAUGUUGCACUCGUCCUGGUUUCAGUAUGUUGGACCUCGUCCAAACGGGUUGAAAGCGGAGGACCAUCUGCAAACUUAUCGCGAGUUGCUAUAUCUUAUCCGCCCCCUCAGGCCGGUGACGAUCAAUUUCCAGUCUGGAGAGGACGCCUGGGACUUGGAAGAAUCCAUCAAAUUUUACAAGGGCACCAUUGAGGUGGAUAAGGAGCUAGGCGUCUCAGGUCGCAUUUACCAUGAGACCCAUCGCAACCGCUCCCUUUUCACGCCUUACACCACCCAAUGUAUUUUGGAAGCUGUGCCUCAGCUACGAAUAACUGCCGACUUCUCGCACUGGAUGGUUGGAUUGGAGAGAUUGCUCGAUAUUGGCGAGGGCGACCGCGCUAUGAUUGACGCCAUCAUUCCGCAUGUUUCUCACAUCCAUGCCAGAAUUGGCACAACACAGGCAUCGCAAUGCCCGGAGCCUCUUAACCCAGUUUUUGAGCAAGAAAGGGAAUGUUUCGAAAGAAUCUGGACCAAGAUUAUCCACAGCCAAUUUCAACAAAAUGGCCCGAAUGCAAACAUUACUUUUGUACCGGAAUAUGGUCCAUUCCCAUACCACCCCAUCGGAUCUGCGCAGCAUCAUGGAGAAUUGGCGGACGACGAGGGCAAGCGCUUACAAGCAUUGUUCGAAACCGUUGCGUCCGGAUUGACCACAGCGCGAGACGGUGACAAGAGCCUGAUGGGAAAUUUGAUUUGCCCUUCGCCCACAUGA